AUUUGAGAUGUUUGGUUCCAACCGCCGUGUCUUUGUGAGACGAGGUGUGGCUGAGAUGUUUGGUUCCAACCGCUGUGUCUUUGUGAGACGAGGUGUGGCUGAGAUGUUUGGUUCCAACCGCUGUGUCUUUGUGAGACGAGGUGUGGCUGAGAUGUUUGGUUCCAACCGCUGUGUCUUUGUGAGACGAGGUGUGGCUGAGAUGUUUGGUUCCAACCGCUGUGUCUUUGUGAGACGAGGUGUGGCUGAGAUGUUUGGUUCCAACCGCCGUGUCUUUGUGAGACGAGGUGUGGCUGAGAUGUUUGGUUCCAACCGCUGUGUCUUUGUGAGACGAGGUGUGGCUGAGAUGUUUGGUUCCAACCGCUGUGUCUUUGUGAGACGAGGUGUGGCUGAGAUGUUUGGUUCCAACCGCUGUGUCUUUGUGAGACGAGGUGUGGCUGAGAUGUUUGGUUCCAACCGCUGUGUCUUUGUGAGACGAGGUGUGGCUGAGAUGUUUGGUUCCAACCGCUGUGUCUUUGUGAGACGAGGUGUGGCUGAGAUGUUUGGUUCCAACCGCUGUGUCUUUGUGAGACGAGGUGUGGCUGAGAUGUUUGGUUCCAACCGCUGUGUCUUUGUGAGACGAGGUGUGGCUGAGAUGUUUGGUUCCAACCGCUGUGUCUUUGUGAGACGAGGUGUGGCUGAGAUGUUUGGUUCCAACCGCCGUGUCUUUGUGAGACGAGGUGUGGCUGAGAUGUUUGGUUCCAACCGCCGUGUCUUUGUGAGACGAGGUGUGGCUGAGAUGUUUGGUUCCAACCGCCGUGUCUUUGUGAGACGAGGUGUGGCUGAGAUGUUUGGUUCCAACCGCCAUGAGACCCCGACUGAACUUAUGCCACUUAUGCCUGGAGCCGGCCCUGGGUCUACCAGACAGAAAGGGGUCUGA